ACCGUCCUCUGCUGAGAACUAAAAGUCCCAUAAUUCCUUGCGCUCCCCCUGCAGGUCCGUUAGAAAACGAGUGCCCCAACAGGCCAGUGUGGGUAAAGCUUGUGGGUCAAAUCAAUGUACAGGUGAUUUCCUUUACAAGUGAAAACGAUCUGGACAGAAGAUUAGUCUUAAAUAUUCUCAUUGUUAAAUUGUAUAGCUAUGAUGCAUUCAAAGGUGGUCUAGAAUUAACCCUAAUUUUCACCAGCCAAGUCAUUACAUGUAACUUUAUUUUUAAUUAAAAGGUCUGACAAAUCAGAAAACCAUCAGCAUGGUCUAAAUUCUGUUCCUUUUAUACCUGUUAAUCGGUGAUAUAAAUGAUGGUGUUUUAUCAUUUACAUGAUUCUUAAACAAUAAGAGUAAUAUAAUAAAAAAUAAUGCCAUCAAAGCUAUGGUCAUCUAUAAUGCCUAAAACUGAAAGAGAUGUUUACUCUUCUCUUCUUGUUCUUCUAAAAUAAGUUAGUCGAAAAGGAAUUCAAUUAUCUUUAUUUUUACAUGUAUAAAUCAAUUUAUUUAUGCUAGUUAUAAUACAGGCACAAAGAACAUGAUGACCACAUUAUUUUUGUUUCCGUGAAUAAUAAAACUAGGCUACUUUUAAUAAAAAAUGAGUUCGCAUAUUAAACAUUCGAAAAACAAAUAGCAGUUUGCAAUAUUUUGCGUACAUUUUUUGUAUUGACUUACCAAACAGCAUCAUUUUAAUCCUGGAUACUGUGUCAUGUUUCAAGUGUUAUGUUAUUGUCUUCUGAAACAGCAAAUUGUAGAGCAAGAAUUUCUGCAUGGUAACCUUGUCAGCCACCUGAUGGCCUUUUUAGAUCCCUUCUUUGUGUUUGACUCUUUCCUGACAACAGGGAACCUUUUUUAUUUGAUUUAAAUACUUUUAAAAGAUACAAAUGAUGAACAAAAACAGUAAAUGUCUGUACAGUUUAAUAAUAUCUUCCUUUAUUAAAAGAGUGAAAGAUCAUAUGCAUAUUUAAAAAUGUGGGCAUUCAAAACUAUACAAAAAUAUUAUCAAUGGCAGCAGUGGAUGUGUUGGUGUAAAAUUAUUAUUAUUGCCAGUGUAUGGCGUAGCUUAAGUUAACCAUAGCAAGUGUAACUAAUUGUAAUCAUGUCUAAAAUGGUUACUUCUAAAAUAUCACUAAAGAAAUAAAAACUGUGUACAUAAAACUUUGUAAAGGAGGUUUGUGAAGUCUCAUCGCACUGAAUCAUGGGGAAACAGAGAGAGAGAAUCCACUUGCUCCACUUGACACACAGCAAUUAGUCACAUAAUUAAUCCACGUUAUGUUUUAGUUAUUUGCCUUUAAUCGAUAUAAUAACAAGUUCCACAGGGAGCACAUUUGCGUCUAUUUAGUAUUAAUGUGCGUAAGGCUAAAGCCAUAAUUUUGAGGUGUAACUUUCCCUUGAUUCUUCGCUGGUGAGCCAUCUCUUACCUCCUGUAGUAUCUCUGGUCCUCCCCACAGUCCUGCCGUUGCUACUGAAGUUACCACUAGCAACUGGGCAGCGCCCGGCGGAGCACCUUCAACCGCUGUUCAUGUUGUCCUGCUUCAUACAGUAGGUACAAUCUUAAUUUCCAAAAACAGUCAAGACAUGAGAGGAAAGUGAAUUGUAUGCUCUUGGGAUGUUGUUGAGGCUGGCUAUGGUUCGCACGUAAGGUCGCACUGAGUGGCACUGCCAUGUUGCCAGGAGUCGGUGUAUUUGGCACGGGCAGCACAGCCCGAGUGCUGGUACCGCUGUUGAAAGCUGAAGGCUUUGAGGUCCAUGCAGUUUGGGGGAAAAGCGAAGAGGAAGCAGGCUGCCUGGCAAAGGAGCUCGGCAUCCCGUUCCACACCAGCCGAUCUGAUGACGUCCUGCUGCACCAAGACGUCGACCUUGUUUGCAUCUAUAUUCCACCCUCAAUGACAAGGCAGAUUGCUGUCAAAGCACUGGGUAUAGGUAAGAAUGUUCUGUGUGAGAAAGCUGCAACCGCUGUGGAUUCCUUCAAGAUGGUGACUGCUGCCAGAUACUACCCACAGCUGCUCAGCAUUAUGGGUAAUACCCUGCGCUUCCUGCCAGCUUUCGCGGCAAUGCGCCAGCUGCUGGUGGAGAGAUAUGUUGGCGAGAUGCAGGUGUGUGAUGUGCGUGUGUAUGGCCCCAGCCUCCUGGACCAGGCGUACGGCUGGACGUGUGAGGAGCUGAUGGGCGGAGGCGGACUGCACACCGUCGGCUCCUCCGUCAUUGACCUUUUAAGUUACCUGACGGGUGAACGAGCCCAUCGUGUUCAUGGCUUAUUGCGGACCUUUGUACAACAAAAUGGUUUGAUCCGAGGCAUCCGCCGCGUCACCAGUGACGAUUUCUGCUUCUUCCAGAUGUUGAUGGGUGGAACCGGGUCUCGCUCGGGCGGCGUUUGUUGCACUGUCACCUUGAACUUCAACAUGCCGGGGUCAUUUGUGCACGAAGUAAUGGUAGUCGGAUCCACUGGGAGACUGGUUGCCAGGGGGACAGAGCUAUAUGGCCAGCGCAACGGGAGUAAAAGUGAGGAGCUGUUGCUAGGCGACAGUGGGUGGGUGGGGCCAGAGGUGAAAGAGAUGACCCUGCCUCACCUGCAGGGGCUCAGCUCCAUGGUGAAGGCACUGAGAGAGUCUUUUCAGGCUCAUGAGGAGCGCAGGUCAUGGGCACGAGGACCGGUCGCCAUGGCACCGACAUUUGAAGAUGGUCUGUACGUGCAGACCGUGGUGGAGGCAGUGAAGCGGUCCAGCUGUAGUGGAGAGUGGGAGUGUGUUGAGAUCAUGAGUCAGGAGCCAGAUCCCAAUCACAACCUGUGUGAGGCUCUGCAGAGAAAUAAGAACUGAAUCUAUUUAUAAACCCAGUGCAACUACUACAUGUGUCCGACGGUCGGCCUCUGAAUGUUUCUCCUUUCUGUCAGCUGCUGAGGCAGUUUACAUGUACCAUGACUACUUACAUUUUGCAUUUUCACAUUUUGAGCAGAAUAUUUUUGCUUUAGAAAUCAAAGCUGUGGAUGUUUGUACCCUCACAGUUAUGAUUUGUUUGUACACUAAAUGUGUUGACCUCAGCUCCAUUAUUCUGAUUCUCAACCGAAAAUAUUAUUAUAGCUGUGUCAAAAUCUACCUGUGCUCCGUUUACAUGUUUAUUAUCUGUACCAUGCCAAAAAGUAGACACAGCUUUUAGUAUCACUGGAGCCUAAAGUCAUGGAGCAAUGCCUGAAAAGUUCCCUUUAAAUAAGGUUGAUAUAUGUCUCCUGUCGACAAGGCACCACACCUAUGUCAAAUAUUGGCCAGGAGAAAAAGUCCUUGAUAGGCCAAACACAACCUUGCUGUUUGCUUAUCCUCACUUUAAGAAGCUUGUGUGGACAUAUUUCUGUCAUUUGUGGAACCAGCCGCUUAUAUGCAGGUUGUAUUUUGAGACAUCAGACCUUGAGUGGUUUCAGUGUUUCCCAGAGUUAUACAUUACACUACAAGAUAAUGGUCUAAUGGCUAUGUAUCAGCACUAACAAAGCUGUUAAGUUGCUGCAACCUAACACGUCUCAGGAGGGAACACAAUUUCAUAGUUUGGCUCAAAUUGAAACAACUUUAAGUACAGCCCAACCGAGAAAACAUGUGAAUCUUUAUUGUACAUAUAGAUGUAUGUUGGUGUUAAUUUAUUUUCAACAUGAAUAGCACAUUAUUCUGAAAGGAAGUGGGCAUGAGGAUGAUUUGACUAACAAAACUCUUUCAGUGCUUGCAGUGUGGUGACUGGCACAAUUCAAAUGAUGCUCUUUUCGAGCUCGGCCUCUAUUAAAGUAUAGAAUAACAAUAAUGGAGCUGUGCACUGUUUAGUUUUAUUUUUUGGAUUGUGUAACAAUAAGCAUACUUUUAAAGAAUGAAUGAGGGGCUUGUAGGUUUUGAUGUUAAUAUAUGUCAUGGCAUACCUAAAAUACCAGGGAUUGAGUCAAAUAAGCUAUGUUAAACUGAACAUUAAAAAGUCUAAUUUAUAUAAAUCCCCUGCAAAAUGUCCGAUUCCUAAGGCUGGUCUUAAAUCUUUAUAUCAGAUGUCACACAUCCUGUCGGUAGAGCAGUUAUGGUGAGCUGAAAUUAUGAACUGUUCAGUAUGCUCAGUCAUUUAAAUGUGACUAUUUCCAGAUACACUACUUAAAGAAGCUUCAAUGAGGGUGACACUUCAAGUGUUUUUAGUAAUGUUUUAUAUAAACAUCUUCUGGAACAUAUGGACAGAGUUGAAGUAGUAGCAGUAGCUCACCUGGUACAACUCACCACCUAUUGAUCCAUUCAAACUUUCAGUAAGGAAGGAAACUACCACCUUUUAACCUGUCAAGCAUUGAUAGGAUGAGCAUUUGAUGCUCAAAUGAAAGAUUUUAGGUGGAGUAACGCAAUGAAUCUUAGAAAUAAGUAACUUUUAUUGUUAUACUGACAACAGUUUUAGAUAUUCAAAGACCUAGGAUAUUUGACAACUAGAUUUAGUUUAAAAUGUGUGUCAAAAGGUUUGUUUACAUGAGAUAACAAUUGAAGUUAUUUGAAUGCUUUUUGAAAGAUUUUGUUCAUGCAAUCUAUGCAUUUUAAGUUAUUACAGAUGUUUAAAUCAAGAGAGAGGAGUCUGCCCUUCAUCCGAACACCUUACUGAUCUUUUCAUUGAGUAGAACCACUGGAUCUGAUGUGCACAAGAGUGUAAAUGUGUGCCUCUCUAUGUUGCUCAGACCAAGCUAAGUUUUUAGUUGUUAUAGUCGCUCACUGCAUUUCAGUACUGCUGAAUAAUAUUGGGCUUGGUGCUCCUCCUGCUGAGACAGGAGGUGAGGACAGAAACAGGCUGCUGUUUGUUGUAUUGGUCUGUUCCUUAGACCCACGCAGGAUCUGCAUAUAAGGAAACAUGCACCUAACACGCUUACCUCACACUAUCCUAACAAUGCUUGUAAUUAAUCAAGUUCACAUUAAGUGUCUUUAUAAAACACAUCACCUUUUCCCGCAGGAUUUUCGACGACCCACCACUAUUAAAAUACAUUCCAACCAAGUUUUCACCUUCUUCUUUUUCUCUUGUUCUUUGCACUGAUAACGGAUAAAGCUGCCACAUAUUUAAUAUGCUGUGUGGUGCUAUUACCAGCCGGCUCACUGCGAAAAUGAAUUUAACACGUGUCUGUAUAAGGAAGUGUUUUUAUAUUUAUUUAUGUCUUGGUGUGGAGAAAGUUUCCCAUUGUUUAUUUUGUUCAGUGUUUGUGUCUUAAGUAUGUGAAUUUCUGUUGUAGUAUUUAUCUUGUUUAGUUUUAGUGUUUAAUAUGGCUUUUUCAGCACAAUUUAUGUUGGUAAACUGUACUUUUCAUUUGCCUGACAGAUACUUCCUUAAUAAAUACAGUUGUAUUCAUGUACUGUCUUUGUUCAGAAAGUGUAUUAAUUAUGUAAAGAUAACAUAUAAAACAUUUUGUAUUGAACACAUAUUCAAAAUAUUCAGCAAGUCAAAUCUUUGACUCAGUGUUGGUUGUGUUGUAUACUGAUAUGGCAGUAAGAGUAUAUGUACUCAUUAUCACACAAAUAAAAUGCAAUGUGUUACAUCCUC